AAUGUAGAGUGCUGGCGUACGGAAGACUUUCUGUGUCCGCGGGAAAGCGCGCCCGAAGUUUUGCCGUGUCAAUAUACGCGUGUUUUGAGACGCGAAAUAUGGGGAUCGUCAUAGACAUUUGAGUAUCUCCAAAGCAAGAAGCACCACUUUGGAUCUUGAGCAAUAUUCGGAUAACCAAUGUUUGCGCAAGACCCUGGGUGUCAUCAUGCCUAAGCCUCGCAAGGCUGGACCGGCGAUUGCCACAGGUACAACCUCAGAGUCUCUUGAGAGCAAGAAACGCAAGCGGGACGAUCCAGUCGUUGCGGAGACACAGACUGCGAGCAGCCCCAGCCCCAGAAAGAGCAAACGUACGAAAGCAAUUGACGACCUCGCAAAAAGCCCUGCCGUAUCUACCAAGUCGUCGCCCGGAAGACGCAAGGCAGUGGCCCUCAAAGUCGAAGAAGAUCUGACCACGGAAGUCACCGUCGAGACGAAUGGCACAUUGACUGUCGCGGAAGAAGCGCAAGUCAAAAUCGAGGAAACACCACAGACCACCAAACGAACAGGAGGAAGGAAAGCAAAGAAGGUGAUAGCAGCAGACUUGGAAGACGACGCCGAGGAGCCUGCGCCAGAAGAAGAGCCUGCAAAGUCCAAACGAAAACGCAAGGCAAAAGAGAAGAAAGAAGAGGAAGGAGACGAGUCUGCCGUCGACGAAGAACCCAAAAAGCCCAAGCGGAAGCGCAAGACCAAGGAAGAGAAGGAAGCUGAAGCCAUGCCACUCGCAGCUCGUACCGUUGGCUCAAAGCUAUAUGUGGGUGCUCACACAAGUAUUGCAAAGGGCGUGGAAAAUGCGGUUACCAACUGUGUACACAUUGGAGGCAAUGCCUUCGCAUGUUUUCUCAAGUCGCAACGCAAGUGGGAGAAUCCUCCUUUACAAGACGCCAACCGAGAUGCCUUCAGAAAAGCACUGAUCGAGCACAAAUACGACGGAAUGUCGCACAUCGUCCCUCACGGAUCAUAUCUCGUCAACCUAGCCACCAAAGACAAAGACAAGGCUCAACAAUCGUACGAUGCUUUCAUCGAUGACUUACACCGCUGCGAAGCUUUGGGCAUACGUUACUACAAUUUUCACCCUGGUGGAGCCGGGCAGGAACCAUUUGGCGAGGCCGUCAGUCGGCUUGCUAAAAACCUCAAUCGCGCACUGUCAGAGACUAAGACCGUCGUACCACUCUUAGAGAACAUGGCUGGACAUGGCACCCUGAUCGGUGGACAAUUCUCCGACCUCCGCGAUGUGAUUGCUGAGAUCAAGCCAGAACUCAAGUCGAGGAUCGGAGUAUGUAUCGACACAUGUCAUGCCUUUGCUGCAGGCUACGAUCUUCGCACGCCCGAAGCGUUUCAAAAGACGAUGAAAGAGUUCGACGAUAUUGUCGGUAUCAAGUACUUGAAAGCGGUGCAUCUCAACGACUCCAAAGCGCCCUUCAACAGCCACAGAGAUCUACAUCAAAACAUCGGACUAGGCUUCCUCGGUCUGCGCGCGUUCCACAAUAUCAUGAACGAUUCACGAUUUCAUGGCUUGCCAUUGAUUCUGGAAACUCCUUCUGAACGGCCCGAUCCGGAUGACCCGACCGGCAAGAAGACAAUUGACGACAAAACUGUCUGGACCACGGAGAUCAAAUUGCUUGAAAGUCUGCUGGCAAUGGACCCGGCAGGCGAGGCCUUUACAACACUGGAGCGAGAAUUGUCCGAGAAGGGCAGAAAAGAGCGAGAAGAGAUGCAGGCUGCGUUUGAAAGAAAGAUAGAAGAGCAGAAGAAGAAAAAGGAAAGAGAAGAGAAAAAGUUGGCCAAAGAGAAGGAAAAGGGGCAACAGAGUCUCAAGGACAUGUUUGGUAAGCAGAACGUCAAGUGCGGAAAGAAAAGUAAAAAGGAGAAAGGCGAUGACAGUGAUAAGGAAAGUGUGCUGAGCGAGGUCAGCGACCUGAGCCCUUUGAGCGAAUUGAGCGAGGAUGAGCGUUCUUGAGUACGAUAAUGACUGUCACCGAACAAUAUGUGCUACAAAAGCGAGCGAGGAGCAUGACCAUGUAACAAUAGUAUUGAGCUGGGGUUGUACGAGUAUCAUA